UGUGCUUUUGGUUCUCCAAUUUUGAGGUAGAUCCGUGAGUUUCCCCUACAGAUUCCGCCAGCCUUCCCCCAAACCCGCUAGCUCCGGCCUUGCUUGCUGAAUUCUGGUGCUAUUAUGGCUUAGAGCACUGGGAUUGAGUCCUCGGUUUAUACGAUUUAAGGUAAGUAAAUUAUGGUAAUGCCUUUCGAUUUUAAAACUAUUUUAGCUUGUUUUUGAAGUGGUGGCGGGACUAAACCCGUUUUAUACAAGUAUGAUCGAUAUGAAAUAAAAUUAUUAUUCUUUUUAUUGAUUUGAGCAUGCUUUCUUGGAAUUUAUUUAACUGCCCUAAUGAUCUGGAAAUUAUCUGUAAAGUAUGAUUUUCUGUUAAAUUUUGCCUGUUUUGUCUCCGAUAUGGUCAUGUUAUUCGUGUGCCCGCUAGUGGGAGGUUUAUAAACGCUAGCACAUGUCGACAUGUUACUGAUAGAAUCGGUUUAUUUUUGUUAUCCUGUUAGUGGGAUUAUACACCAAUAAAUCAUGUGCCUGCCAGUGGGAGGUUUAUAACACUGGCUAUGACCUAUAGAGGAGACGUCUAUUUCGUUUCCGUGCUCGUACCUGUUUUUCGUGAUUAUACUUGUUGGCAUGCUAUAAGUUUAAUUAAGGACUAUUUAUAUUUACUUACUGAGUUAUCUCAUAGUUUUUCCUUGUCCACCAUUUUAGGAAGCGAAAUCAAGGACGGGGAAAAACGAGAGGAGUGACAAGUUAGAAGGCUAGCCAUCUUGUAAAUUGAACAUAGAUUUUAGAUAUAAAUCAUGAUCUUGUAAGCUAGACUUUAUUUGGAGAUUUUAUGAUAUCAGAGCAAAUUUUAA